UCUCCGGUGGGAGGAUGAUCGGGGGUCCCUAUAAAGACUGAAGCAGUGAGAGAAGGACCAGUCAGUUGGAGGAGCGCAGGACCAAGACGCCCCAGUGAUCGACAUGGAGAUGCCCGCUAAAUUCUUGUUCCCCAUCGUGAUCGUCUCCCUGCUGGUGGCCUGCAGUCCAACGGAGGCAUGGUACAAGCAGGUGGCAGGUCCGAGCUACUACUCGGUGGGGAGGGCGUCCGGCCUGCUGUCCGGCAUUCGGAGGUCACCGUACGUCAGGAGAGCCGAGCCGGACCCGUCAGACAGCGACGAGGUGGCGAUCAACAACGUGUUUCCGGAGUACACUCCGCAAAAUUUCAUCUUGAAGACGAUGCCUGUUUGCAUCAAAGACAUUACACCAAACCUGCAGAGCUGUGAACUCUUCCAGGGAAUCAAGGGUUUAUUUAAGUGCAAAGCGGAAGUCUUCCUCACUCUGGACUCUGCAGACUGUGCAGGAGACUGAGCAGUAGAGCCGACAGCUGGACUGGAUGAUGAAGCCUUCUUCUUGUAGGCGUGACAUUUAAAAAAAGAAAAAGAAAAACUGUACAUUUCUCUAAGUUUAACACUAAUGCUGCACAAGAAGAAAGAUACACUUUUCAUUUACCAUUUUACCGAUUUAUUAAUUGAUAAAUCGGUUUUAAAUUUGACGCUGUAAAAGUAAUGUAUUAAUGUAAAUAUUUGAUCUGAGUUUUCAUUAAUAAAUGGAUCAUAAUGCAACCCCUUGUUGAAAUUACUGAAUGCAAAAUAUAUAAACAGGGAAAUGAUUUUUCUUCUCAUUCACCAAUAGUUUUGCCAACAUUUAUAUGUAAUAAACGCUCAACUUUCACAAUCAUUUUGGUAACUCAUUCAGGUAUGGAUGAUUAAGAAUAAUUUAAUGUCUAAUAUUCAAACCAGGAAAACUAUGAUUAAAAUUGAUGCAAUCUUCAAAGCCAUUGUUAACAUGCAUGAUUAAAACCAGCUCACUGAUUGGUUAAAGGAUAACGUUGCAUGCUGAACAUGAGUUUUUAUCCAAACUGGAGAAA